UACAACAAUAAAAAGGAAAUAAGAUAAAUUAAUGGGGAGUGUCCGAGCGUGUUAUAAACUAAAUAUUGUAGUGAAUUUAUAACUUCUGUUCAGAUUAAUACUGACCAAUGUAUGUUCAAUUCUUGAACGGAGAGCUUUAUCAAGUGGCAAGUAUUUCUUGGCCAUCAUAUUACACCUGGAAGUGAAAAACACGCAGGAAAGCAUUAAUAAGUGGUAGUGCGCCACACUAUUGUCACUUUAUUUGAUCAACACCACCAGUGGUUGGUUUUGAAAAACGCUUGGUUAUCUGAAAGGUCGUCGGCAGGAUUGUAAAAUCAUUAUCGCCAGCAUUAACUACUUAUUGAGAUAUAAUGAUGAACAUAACUUUGAUGAUUCAAAUGUUUGUCCAGUCGAUUUUAAUCUUGCUUUUCACUCAUGAGGUCCAAUCUAUACAAAUAAGAAAAAAUUGCUCCAAUACACAGCAAAUAAAAGCUCCUCCAGUUGAAUUGAGAUACAUGCUGAAUUAUAAUUUGCACAUAAUAUGGCUGGAAAAUGCAACAAUUGGCUACAAUUAUACACCUCAAGUCUGCUGCUUAAUAUCUGACCCGUCCCUUCCUAAUGGUUGUCCAAAAACCUGUCCAUAUUUCAUCGACGUAAAAUCUUGUGUGAGCCACUCUGCUGUGCAGAUUGGAACUUAUCGACGAUGCAUUGUGCGAGUUUCAGAACUUUUUCGAUAUGGAAUUCGCCUAAUUAGACGCAAUGUAUGUAAUAUGACUGGCCAAACAGUAUAUAUAAAGCCACAAUUGAGAAUAGCUUAUCCGAACUCAGUUUCAAGACUUGCAGUCGAAAGAAUAGCUAAUGGCUUGAUCAUAGAAUGGGCAAAACCUGAUCGAUUCAUUACUUAUUGGUACUUACUCUCGUGUAAAGAGAAAAGUGUGAAUUCCAAUUCAAAAGGAAGAGACGUAAAGGUGUAUUUUUGCUGUGUUCGGGCUUAUAUUCCUCCAUACAAUCAAUCAAGUUCAUACUUUUCAGAGGUUUGCACCGACAGUAAACCUGCAAAAGAGUUGUCUGUCAAUGUUAGAUGUGACAAGUCUCAUACGUGUGUAAAUGCAACCGUAAAUGAAUUAAUAUCAUUUAGUGGAAGGUUUAAAGUAGUUGAUGAUUCAAAAUGGCCCAAUUUGCCACCUUUAAUACGUGUGAGGGUGAGGAAAUUUUGAAAUUAACAAAGGAUUUAUCCAUUCAGAAUAAUUCAACGUUGGGGGUGGAAACUUCUUCAAAACAAUUGUCAUAAUAAAAUAUUACAUUCCAUUUCCUUCAUUCUAUCUUAGACAACUUAAUUUUCCUUUCUCAUUGCUAAUUAUGAAAAACAAUUUUUAUCAGUGAUAGCCUAUAUCAUUACCAUUUAUUAACAGUUGUCUGCAUGUUUACUUACUUGCUUGAUUUUGCCUAUUUUCAUUGUUCAAUCAAUGGCAAAAAUCACGCAUUUCCAAACAAACAAAAAAUGAAAAUAUUAAAACAAUAUACUAUAACACAUAUAUAUAACACGUAAUAUUAUGACAAUAUUUUGAACUGGUUACAGUUGAUUAAUGCACGAAAUUAGUUUGUAUUGGAUUACUCUUUGCCAUAUUUAACUAUCAGUAAUGACGAUAUAUAAUGCUGAGAAUAAUGCAAUAUCAUUAGAAAUAUAUAUGUGGAAAAUAUGUCGAUUUUAUGUUUUUGAAUGUGAAGUCAAAGAAAUUUUAUAGUUUUCCUGUUGCAAUGAAGAAUGUUAUAUACACAUUUCUUUA